GACGAUGGAAACUGAACGAAUUGCACGAGAAAUAAAUUCAGCGUUUGUGGCAUAUAAACUAGGCAAUGACAUGGAAUAUAUAGAGGAUAUGAACAGUAAUUUUUUUAAAUAUUGCGAAAAGAUGUAUGAAAUGCACAAUGAACAUCUUUAUAAAUUAACUAGAGAAGUUUUGCUUGAUUCAAAUGAGAAUAUUAAGACGUUUUUUAAAGACAUUUUAACAGAAAUGUUUAGCGAUAAUAUCAUAAACUGGGGCCGUAUAAUUAUGGUUUUUGUGUUUGGAGCGAGGUUAGCUGUUUUAUGUAAGGAUAGAAAUAGAACUGAUUUGAUUGAUCAAGUAAUUCAGAAUAUAGACAAAUACGUGAAGACGGAAUUUUUGGAAUGGAUUAAUAUCCAAGGAGGUUGGAACAAUUUCGAUCAAUCGUAUACUCAACACAAAACGAUAGCAGAAAUUCCUCUAAUGAACGUUUCGUCAGGGAUAGCGUUAAGCCUAAUAGCAACUUUGUAUCUAUACAACACAUUCUGUUAAGGACGAUAUGUGUGAAUUAUGUGUAUAUCGACACACAC